AUGGGUAAUACACAAACAGGUGAAAAACAUCAUAAAACCGGUAAAUCGCCUGCAAAAGGGAAGCAUUUUAUAAGAAACUUAAAUAGGAAAAGUUCGGGCAAGGAGAGCAAGAAACAUGGUCGUAAAAAAAGCGUCGGUAGACGUGAGACGUCCGAUAAAGAACUCGAUAAAACAUCUGAAUCCGAUAACAAUGAAGCGAUUGAGGCAUUCGAUAACGAUACGGUCGAGUGCGUGUUCAAAACAUCGACUCGGGCGGUGGGGGAAGAAAGAACGAGUGUGCAGUCAGAGGUAACGGUGACCAGGUGCGAGCCGCAGUGUGCGGAGCCGCGGUCACCGACCCGCGACCAGUUACCCGCGUCCGUCGCUUCGCCCGCCGACCCAUCCUCCUCCGACUCAGUGUUUACGGACCCUUUAACGCCGCUCGCCGUCGAGCUCAACCAGUGCUACUACUCGGCAGAGAGCGCGUCGAGUAGCGCCCACGAAGAACUACCGCGCACUUUAACUCCCGCCCGUGAUGAUGCGCCCGCGCAACUUAUCUUACCUAUUCAGGCAUGUUCCGUUGUAAUGAACAUGCCGCAUGAUGAUACAACAUCAUCACUAUCGACUCACGAUACAAUGGAAAAAGAAGUAAAAAGUGACGUAUUAGAUGACACAAGUGACAGAGGCGAUAAUGAAAAGGUUAUGGGAGCGAUAUUAUCAAAGUCAAAGGAUGAAUCCUUAGUUAAGGAGCAUGAGUGCAGCCAUGAUUUUCUUGAAAACAGGUUGAAAUCUAGUCCAGGACAGACAUCAUUUACAAUUUCGAGGCACCGAAAAGUGGAACUUCCUCCUGUUGCCGCAGAGACGUCUCUCAAUAUAAUAGACAACGAUUCUCUUAGUAUUCGUCACUCUAGCGUGAGUGACGUGCCGAUGUCCGAUUCUAAUGUCUUGCGGAAGGUUGCUUCUCUUACGCUAGACAAACAUUUAGAAGCCAAAGUAGUGCGGCCAAAAUUCGUGCCCGAGAAGUUGGAUUUUCAAAUUUACGAAAAGUUUGAAGGGCAGAUGCUUUUAAAUUGGUUUUUGUCUUCUGUAUCAGAAGAUAGUCACUUAAAAAACAUAUUAAAUUCUCAAGAUCUGAAAAUACUUGGUAUCCAGUAUUGCACUCACCUUCUUACAGCAGGUGUACUUCGACAAAUAUCUGAUAAGAAUGCACCUACUGAGAAUACAUUUAAGCCAAACCUAAUGUAUUAUUGGUCUCAUAUGGAGACACCAGUGUCACAACCAGUAACACCAGGGAGGCUUGACACAACUUCUUGGCCACCUGAAAGCCUACAAAAAAAACAACACCAAAUUCUAAAUAUUUCUUCAUUAGAAAAUGAAAAUUAUAAUAAACAUAAUAUUGAGGUAGUUAGAGAUAUAGCAGAAGCCAAUCUUGUUAUUUCUCAGCUGAAGAGGAAAUUGCAAGAGCUAGAAUAUCAAUUAGAGAAUUAUAAAAUUAAUAAUCAAUUUGGAGGAAGUAAUAAAAACUUACAGAAUUCAUUUAUAUCUAUGCCAGAAAAUUUAUUAUGUGGAGAUCAAAUUCAAUUAGUCAAUAAAGAAGUUCAAACUAACAACUUCAGUGAAAAUAAUAGGCUGGACAAAAAACCUGUGAUAAACUCAUGUAAAGAUGAUAACCACAUAAGGACAAAUGUAAAUAUGGACCCAACUGUAGGAUUAAGUAGAUUAGGUUACAAAAGUGAAUUUAAUUGUAAAGAUAUACAAACACAACUGGAAGCAAGAUCUGAAAAAAUAGAAAAUUAUUGUAAACUCAACAAAAGUCGAGAUUUUAAUAACACUUAUUGGAAAGAAGACUUAAUGGAUGAUAAUGGAAAUAACAAUAAAUUAAAUAGUAGUAAAAAAAUAGAGACAUUAAACAUAAAUCAUGAUAAUUUAAGUAACAAAGACAUCAAAUUUGUAGAGGAAUCCAGAGUCAAUGUUACAAGUGAAAGUUCUUCAGAGGCAUCAUUCUUAAGUACAACUAAUGAAGUACUGACCAAUGAAAGUAACAAAUCAUUAACCCUCAAUUCAGAAAAUAGAGAAAUUAAUAACUUAAUCGACAAUAGUAUAUCAUCUGAACCGUUCCAACCAGAGAUAUCAAAUAAUACUUUGAAACAAAUAAAAUCUUCAAUAAGAAAAACACAGCAUUCUAUUUCAAACACAGAAGUGUUUGUUGACAAUAAAAACAAUUUAAGCCAACCUACACCUCCACCCCCUCCCCCUCUUCCUGGGAUGUCACCAUCUCCACCCCCUAUGCCAGGAACAGAGGAUUUUUCAUCAACCUAUAAAUUAAGUUUACUAAACCAAGAAACUGACCAAUGUCUUUCAAAUAUAGAAACUUUACCAUUACCUGUAACAGAAUCUCUAUCUUCACCGACUCCACCAUUACCUAGUUUACUGGAAGUGUCCCCUUCACCACCUUCUAUACCGAAUUCCGGACCAGCUCCAAAAUCUAUUCCCAAUAUUGAGCCUCCGCCACCACCUAUGCCAGUUAUGGGACCUCCACCACCCCCUAUGCCGGGAAUGGGACCUCCUCCACCCCCCAUGCCCGAUAUGGGGCCUUUUUCACCCCCCAUGCCAGGAAUGGGGCCUCCGCCACCACCUAUGCCAGUUAUGGGACCUCCACCACCCCCUAUGCCGGGAAUGGGACCUCCUCCACCCCCCAUGCCCGGUAUGGGACCUCCACCACCCCCUAUGCCGGGAAUAGGGCCUCCUCCGCCACCACCUAUGCCAGGUAUUGGUCCCCCACCACUACCUACGCCGGGGAUGGGACCUCCACCACCACCUAUGCCGGGUAUGGGGCCUCCACCACCCCCUAUGUCGGGUAUGGGCCCCCCACCACCACCUAUGCCGGGUAUGGGCCCCCCACCACCACCUAUGCCGGGUAUGGGCCCCCCACCACCACCUAUGCCCGGUAUGGGGCCCCCACCACCACCCAUGACUGACUUUGGACACCUGACAAGUCCAUUGACACCUGGCAUUCCUCCACCGCCGCCUGUAGGCGUCAGCACAGGACCUGCGCCAUUUCCAGCACCACCCGCUGGAGGUUGGCAUACUCAAAGAGCGACGUUGCGUAAAACUCCUAUAAAACCAGCUGCUCCUAUGAAGCCUUUGUAUUGGACUCGAAUUUUGGCAACACCUACGCCGCCGACGUCUCAUGGUGAAGUCGAUUCGGUUGGGCUCAAACCGCUAUGGCUAGAAAUCGAUGAGGCUAAAUUGGACAAUAUAGAUGAAUUCGCAGAUCUUUUUUCACGGCAAGUCGUAAAGGCGCCCGUCAAAAAGAAAGUUGAGGUUAAAACGAAAAUUCAACCUAUAAAAAUUUUAGACAGUAAAAGAUCUCAGAAUGUCGGCAUAUUAGCCCAAAGCUUGCAUGUUGAGUUUUCUGAAAUUGAAAAUGCAAUAUAUAAUUUUGAUACAUCAGUGGUCAGUUUAGAAGCACUACAGCAAAUCUAUGAAUUGCGGGCUUCAGAAGAGGAGUUGAUGCUCAUUAAAGAGCACCUAGCCAACAAACCAGAAAUACCGUUAGACAAACCUGAAGCAUUUUUACACGAUUUGUCUGGAAUUCAUAGUUUUGCUGAGAGGAUCUCAUGUUUUACAUUCCAGGCUGAAUUUGACGACGCCGUCAAUACCAUAAUGCACAAAUUAGAUAACUUGAAACACACCUGUGAGUUUCUGAUGACAAAUGAAUCUCUAAAGCAAUUGUUUGCAAUAAUUUUGACUCUUGGUAAUUACAUGAAUGGUGGAAACACUCAAAGAGGACAAGCUGACGGUUUUGGUUUGGAAAUUCUAUCAAAGUUGAAAGAUGUAAAGUCAAAGCAGUCGAACAUAACACUCCUCCACUUCAUAGUGCGCACGUAUAUGCGCGCGCGCGGCGGCGCGCUGGCGCCCGCGUGCGCGCUGCCCGUGCCCGAGCCCGGCGACGUGCUGCGCGCCGCCGCCAUAGACUUCGCCGAUGUUGCUGCCCAGCUCAAUGUGCUUAGGAAGAAUUUGGAUGAUUGCACAGAAAAAAUGGAGAGAGUCAUCGAGUCCGGCACUUCGCCGAAAGGGGACGAGGAAAAUGAAACUGAUAAAUGUGUAGAAACUACAAAGAGACUCGAAGUAUUUAAAGACAAAAUGACAACAUUCCUUAAUGCUGCUGAAGAAAAAUUAAAGACUGAAAACGAAAAUAUGUGCGAGUGUAGGAGUAAAUUCAUAGCUACUGUUAAAUUCUACCAAUACACCCCAAAAUGUGGCAAAUUAGACGACUGUGAACCAAAGGAAUUCUUCUCUCUAUGGACCUCGUUUUGUAUCGACUUUAAAGAUAUUUAUAAGAAAGAGGAACAAAUUGCUAUAAAAGAAAAGCUAAAAGAAACUAAAAAAAUGCAGUGUGAAAGAAAAGCAAAUACUCAGCCUAAAAAAGAAGGAGGUCUUAAGGCACGUCUCCAAAAGCUAUCAAGCACAAGAAAA